GUCAGGAGCAAGUUGGCACAACAAAUCAACUAAUGACGGCUGCGAUGUACCAACAUCCUGGAUAUGGGCAGCCUGACUACCCUCAACAGCGAUACCCUCCCCAACAAUUUAUGCCCCAGCCUGGUGUUCCUCUAUAUGCACAGUAUUAUGCCUAUGAUCCUGCCGCGUUCUAUGCCUUUUACCGUGACCAGCUGAGGCAGCUUGUGCAGAACUCGCGACCGGUCAUCCAGCAGCUUACACAACUGGCAAUCGAGAACUUGGGACUUAUGGGGCAAGUGGUCACCGACAGUAUAGCGGACUACAUACGGAAUGCACCUGUACCAGUCAAGCUUCCGGCGUUCUAUCUGUUGGAUAGUAUCACGAAGAACUGUAAUCCUUAUGUCUCCUUAUUCGCCCCUAUCGUCAAGGACCUCUUCUUGCAGGCGACGCGGACUGUCGACCCUCAAACCAGGCAGAAGCUGUGCGAGAUGCUUGUGACUUGGCGCAACGGUGGCCCAAAUCAGACGCCAUUGUUUGGAGACAAGGUGCAAGUCGCCAUUGAGAGAGAGAUCUGGCCCGAGUCCGAUAGCAAUAGAUAUGGUCGUCGUCGACACGGACAAUCAUGCCCAACUCAGUCGCAAGUUCUUACUGAGCUUGAGGUGCUGUUAGCUCUGAAGGAGAAAGCGGUGCAGGAUACUCCGUAUGAUGGGGAGUUACGCGGGCAGAUGGACGCCUUAUUCCAGCUUCGUAACAUGGUUCAGGCUUCUGGUGUCACUCCUAAUGAACUUGCGGAAAUCCUUACGAGCGUCAGAUCUCUUGCUAAGAGUAUAGGAGCACCCGCUGCCCCACCCUCUCAUGUCCCUUCGGCCCCCGCAGUGCCUUAUGGUGCUCCGCAACAAGUGCCAUUUUUCCAGUCCCAGCCCUCUACUACUCGGGCCUCCGUCAUGCACUCCGACUUGUCUGCCUCAUUGGCGAGCUUGGCCAAACUGGCAGCACCUCAGCCCGCUCAGAGUACUGCUACCACUGCCGCCGCUGCCCCUUCUGCUAUUCCUGACAUAAGUUCCUUGUUUAAGUCCCUCGUUGCCGCUGGCAUCGUUCCAUCCGCAGGGUCAGGCGCCGCACCGGCUGGUGUGACUUCUCAGGGUGAUCAGAAGAGUGAGACGUCACCUGUGACUGACAGUGAAUUGGAGGAAACAUUGGAGUAUGAGAGGCGUGUGCUGGCUAUCGACAUCAAAUUGACAAGUGCGGAUCUUAUGAAAGAGAGGCCGGAGGUCAUUUCACUUCUGUAUGAUAGACAGACUACGCAAUGCAAGCAGUGUGGUCUCCGUUUUCACGAUAAUGCGAAAGGAAAGAAGGCUUUCCAGGAUCACCUCGACCAACACUUCAGACAGAACAACCGUACAAACCAACAGAUGGGCAGAGGAUACAGUCGAAGCUGGUUUAUCGAGGCAGAUGACUGGGUACAUGACGGUUUGCCCGACACAGGGGACCGGCUUCAUGAACACAACGUCUCACGAUCGGAUGAAGUAGCCGCCAAGAAGAGAAAGGAACUUGAACGCUCAUUCGUCGUCAUACCUCCUGGAGAGGACACAAAACCGAGGUUCUGUCCUAUAUGCAAGGAGCAACUGAAGACGGAAUUCUUGGAAGAUGAAGAGGAGUGGGUUUGGAGGAAUGCAGUGGAACACAAGUCCACUAUAUACCACGCGACGUGUCGUGCUGACGCGCUUUCGGCCACACUGGCGAAUCGCUUGAGAACGGAGACCAAGGGUAGCAGCAGGGCUGUGACGCCAGAAGGGAGAUCUGGCACGCCGCAGUUACAGGUUGGCAAUGUAAAGUCCGAGACCAAUGGGUCAACUGCGGCGGCCGGUGCAAAGCGUAAGGCAGAAGAUGAUGAUGACGCGGUUGAUGUUCACGUCAAAGUUGAAGAGGUGGAACCACCAUUGAAGAAGGCGAGGCCUUCUAUUAAUUGAGCAUACCUCGUUCCAUUAGUAUUCCACGCAUUCACCUAACAACCAACAAUGUACUUUAUAUCAAUGCAAUGUCAUCCUGUCUUGUCA